AUCGCGCCUUGAAGACUGGGAGUUCGCCAGGCAGUUGCUUGACGCGAAAAACCCAUUUGCCACGGACAAUGUUAACUCCUCGCGGAGGGGAGACGUCCGUGAAAGAGUUGUUGCGAAUGAAUGCUUCACACUCCGCGAUCAUGGCUGCGAGCCACUGGGGGGAGUGUGGUCCAGAGAUGGCUUCAUCAUAUGAGUUCGGGGUCGGGAUGGAUGGAUUUUCCGAGAAGUUAAGAGUUGGAGCGUCGGCAAGGUCGGGGAAGAGAUGGCAGAGCUGACGGAUGGCAGCAUUGAUCUCAAUCAGCUCCUCAUGCCUAUCCUCCAAGAGGCCAGGCAUGGAUGCACCCC